UUUAUAUGGAAAACAACUUGCGCCGGAAAUUGAAUUAAAAUCGAAAUUCGUUAAAUUUUCAAUACUACAUACAAUUGAAAUUUUAACAAAGGAGCUGAGCAGAGAAAAGUUUCGAGUUUUUUCACAUUGAAAAAUGAAACUUUAAUUUUCAACCUACAAAUAUUAUAAAAUAUAAAUAAAAUUGGUGAAUUUAUUUUUGCACUACUGAAAGUGAAUUGUCUGGUGUCAAAUAGAUUUUCUAAACGCGUAUCCAUUUUUUGUUUAGAAAAAAAAAAAAAAAACAAUUUCAAAUGUAUAAGCAUUUAAGUGAGUACUAAAAUUUUCCGCUAAUGAGAUAAAUUUGCAUAAAAUCUGCGAAACUGGAACAAAAAAAAAAAACGAAUACUUCGAAUCUAUGAAAAAUCGGGUUUGCACGCAAUAUAUAUAGCUACAUCUGUUGUCUUUUCAAUACCGACGACUUUUAAAGCGUUAAAACAGCGCCUUAGGGAGGAAUUGAAGUGUGUAGCAGCAGCAAUUCGACCAACUAGCCUUUGGUUAACGGUAACGCAUUAACAAUUUUAAAGUUGUGUUGCAAUAUUUUCAAGUAGUGUUGGUGGAGGCAACAUACUACUUGCCACAUUUCUACAGCCGUGCCGAGCAGCGCACCCGGAAAUGAAGCUAGCAACAACAUCCUGCGUCAUUUAAUUGUUGUCGUCGCAGCCAUAGUCGACGUCAUCGUCACUGUUCUCAUCGUGUUUACCGUUAUUAACGUCAGUGCUUCUGCUACAAUACACCUGAACGGAUUACUGAAAGAAGUGUUCGCAUUGACACACACGUCUAUAUUGAAAUAAAUAAGUAGUUUUAGUACUGAAGCAUUGGCGCACUUUGCAAAAACAAAUCGGAACGCUCGGCCGUGUACAAGCGCAUAAUUGUGUAUCUUCUAUCCAAAUAGACGUGGCAGGUGGGGCAUCUUGAGUAGCGGCAGCAGCCAGAAAAAGCACAACCACCGUCGGGACGCACGAGAGAGCAACGUGUGGGCAUUUGUAAGUAGUCGACCGGCGCUAUUGAAGGAGAACGCAUUCGGUGCAGUUGAUGUAUUUCACUUCGUGUGCAUAUAUCUAGUAUGUUGGCAACAGAUUUAUUAUUUGUGUUGAACUAGAGUUGCGUAAAGUUUGCACCGUUUCGAGGAAAUUGAAACUCAGCUGAUUUGUGCACCGUUAUAUUACCAGUGCAGACGGCAUACAGUCAGUCAAAGUUGGCAGUUUGAAGACUAAAUAAAUUUAGCAUAACUAAAAAAGUACGAAAUACCGUUAGAAGGUGUUAGUGUUAAGCAAGCAAAUUAAUUGCGUUGCAAAAGCAGACAACUGUUAUUCAAUCUAUAAAACGACGAGUUAAUUUAUGCUCUCUUGAUUGUUUCGCGGCACCGCUACAAACUGCAACAACGACGACGACGACGACGACGACGAGUUUAACAGCAGCAGGCACUUCGUCGAGUAACGUGACGACCGGCUAACAGCAGUAGCGGACGUUUGGAAACGCGCACACACAUAAAAUGGAUUCACUUAAAAUUCCAAAAGGUGGAAAUAGCAAUGCGUCAGGUGGCGCCGGCGGCAAACCCACUGGCAGCGUACCAAUCACCGUGCGUUUUAAUGCCGGCGAUGAAUGUAUUGAUGAUAUCUUUCAGUCAUUUCACAAUAGCAACAAUAGUGGCGGCGUUGGUGCGGGCGUUGUUGCCGGCGGCAAUGGCAGUGUGGGUGGUGGCGGCGGCGGUGGCAGUGCUGGUGGUGGUGGUGGUGGUGGUCCGAACGCCGGCGGUGGGGAUUCCCUGUCGAGCAGCCCAUCGCAACAUCAUCAGCUGCAGGCACAACAAAAUGUGGAUGAUGUAAACACAAGGAAUAAUUUUCUGCAAGGCAACUUUUUCAACCGCAAAAGAUCGGGCAGCAUCGAAGGCGUUUCGCCAACUAGUUCAGGGCCAAAUCUGAUAGCAGCGCUCGCUGGUAGUGAUACGCCAACGGUUGGCACUUGGAAAUUAAUUAAGGGUAAAGUUUCACAGACAUUUGAGGAUAUUAAAUCGUCGAAAACUACCACACAGGUAUUGUCGGCGUCCGUACCGAAAGUUGAGAACCCACGACAAUAUUUUCCACAGCCAAUAAACGAUCCAGACUCGGAUACUGAAAAUCCGACUACACACUCUUCCAUCAGUGAUGAUUUGCUAUUCGAUUUAGAACGUAAAUCGCCGCAUUUUAAAGGUGGAGACUCAGAUUCCUCAGCCGACGGUGAACCGCUGCCCGAAGCUGAGGUAGAACGUUCCAGACUGCGCCGCGGUCUAGCCAAUCUCAAAUCGAAAGUGAAAUCUAAAACGCAACAUACACACCAUCACUCUCACCAAUCUCAUUCACCAUCACAACAACAGCCUGGUCUCGCCACAGCAGCACUUUCUACGGCUACAAUUUCCACUGCAUUCGGCACAGCUGCCAUCAAACCAAUGAAGAAGGAACCCGCUGGUCCACCGCCUGUGUCGUCAAACACGUCACUGCGUGAUGCAUUAAUGCGCCGACGACGUCCUUCGCCAACGGAGCAAACCGAACGUGCGAACGCCUUGCCACGCGUCGAGCCCGUCGAAAGUCAGGCGACAGUGACGGACAAAAAGGCGAGCUCGAAAACUAAGAAACGUGGUAUAAUCGCUGGUAAGAAGGAGGUGGAAAUCGAGUCGGGUGUUGAGAUGAUGGAAGAUACUUUGCCAACAUUACCACAGGACGCUGCUGGGAGUGCCGAAGAGCCCAAAACUUCUUCACGCAAUCGUCACGAUUUGCAUCUACAUUUCGAUAAGAGUAGCUCAAACAAAGCUUCACCCCCACGCACUGAAGGUUUACCCGCCGAUGCGGAGACUAUUAAACACCAAAAUGAAUUGGAAACUUUGAGACAUGCCGCAGAGAUAUUACAAAGAGAGAGUGAUCGUGAACGUGAGCAGCAUUUGCAACCGAAGAAAAAAUUCGCAGCUACCAUGCCGAUAAGUCGUUUGGCCGUGCUCAUUGUGGUGCUGCUUUUGCCCGUUCAUGGUUUUAUACGCGGCGUACUGGCGUGUCUGAUGAGUUUCGCUAUUGCCGACUCGUUAAGUGUGUUGGCACGAUCGAUUAUUUAUAAAUUCUUUCAACACCAUCCUGAAGGUACUGAUUUCGAGAUACCAGACUAUACGAAAAUGCCUAUUUGUGAAGUGCCGGCAGUGGAGGAGCACAAAACCAUUAAAUCCUAUGCCGGUUGGAUGAACGAGAUUUUCAGCUAUGAUCCCUUGACCUAUCAUAUUACACAAACCAAUUCAGUUUAUCUGCGUCUCGACGGCACCUACCUACGCGUAUCGACAACAACAGCGCGCAUACCGAAGCGUAUCAUGUGGAACGAACCGCCCAUCGACAUAAAGCACGUACACUUCACUAGCCAUCGCGUGUUCAAUUUGCUGGGUUGCAGUGUUGAGCUUUUGCCACUGGGAUUGGCGCGCAAGAGGUACUUCAAUCGCAAGUAUCCCAUACAGCUGAUUAUCAAAAAUGGCGCCGAAGAGGAGACUCAGCAAGAGCCCUCGGAGAAUCCAUCAACUCAAUUAUCUGCACGAGGUAGCAAGUCCGACUUGGCGUCGAUGGAUAGUAGAAUGUCACAGGUUUCCAGCGAUAUUUUGGAACAGUUCGGCGAAUCGAAAGAGAAGGUGACCAAUCUGCAGGAUAUAGAUUUUGCAGCUACCGUUAUGAAUGCCGAUUUGCAACAAUUGCAAGACAACACGCAGAAUAACGACAGUCUCAUACCUUGUGGCGACGAGGUGCGCUUGAUACUUUUCUCGCGCGGCGAUCGUGAGAAGGAGGACUGGUAUCGUCGCUUUGUGGCCGCCAGCGAGGGUGACGUGCACGACCAAAUGUUGCGCUUGCCAAAUCUGAAAUUUGUCGAUGAUGCUGAAUUGCAGCGCGCGGCAGCGAAGGCGGCACAAAUGCCGCUGGAUCUUCGUGAUAAUGCGACACCUGAAAAUGAGAACCACGCCGAAACGGAGUCGCAUGUAUUACCAACGGAUAUGGCGCCGCCGUUGGUGGUUGAGGGUGGCAAGCUGGCGAAAGGUGAAACAUUCAAAGACAUUCCAGAUGAUAUGGAGGUGGUGCCUUCGCCAACUGACACCUUCGAAGGUCUACUCAUGAGCUCGUGUGCUGCACGCAAUCCCCCAGAUUACAUACGUUUUAUGGCUAUUUAUCAGAGCGCUUGCAAAGAUCCCAAAAUUGCAGUUCAAUCAAAACCCAAAACAUUGGAUAAAAAUGAAAAAUCACGUCGCUCCAAACGCAAUGCCAAAGAUUUGUGGAAGGGUAUUGAUCAGUCGUUAUUCUUGGGCCCAUCUGGUAGUGUUGUUUGGGCCAAUGUGUUAAUUGGACGCGUACUCUAUAGCUGUCUUCAUGACAAUAUGGUUAAGGACAAGAUCAAAGAAUUACUACAGAAGAAAAUUAGCGCCAUAAAGCUUCCCUCCUUCAUUGAAGAUGUGGUUAUCACCAAAAUCAAUCUAGGCGACACACCGCCACUCAUUCACCGCGUCUCACAACCCAUGCUGGAUGAGCGUGGCACUUGGGUAGAUGCCGACAUCACCUAUGAGGGUUUGCUACAGUUAACCGUCACAACCAAAUUGAAUUUGAUGCGUAUUAAGCAACAAAAACGGCCCACAGAUCCACUCAAUAUAACUGUGCCAAAUCCGAUAAAUACCGGACCGAAUGCGCCACCUCUAACUAAUUUCACUGUCGUACCACCCAUUGUGAUCGCCGACGGUGAGGGCACGAGUCGAAGUAGCACAAAUGCCAGAUUAUACGCGGAUGACACCAACAACGUUGAUGAAGUGUCGAGCAAUGUUAUCUUUGACAGCGAUGCAGAGAGUACUGGCGAUUCGGAUACAGAUCCCGAGAGUUUGAAUGCGCCCACGGCGACAGGAACCACAUCGAAUAUCGGCACAACAGCGACGACGACAGGGCAAAGCGCACAAGCCGAUGGCAGCUCAGCUGCAGCAACAGAUUAUCACUUCAUUCCCACGGCGCCAGGCAAUGCGCGUCGUAUUUUCCGCAUAGUGGAUCGCAUUGCCGCUUCGAACUUCUUUCAAUACGCCACCGAUUUGCCAGUGGUACAGCGCGCCAUCGAGAAUAUGAAUACGAAUAUAACGUUGCGUGUGGAUCUGCGUGGUCUGGUCGGACGUGGCGUUAUUAACAUACCACCGCCGCCAUCCGAUCGCAUAUGGCUGUCCUUCCGUGGCCCACCACGCCUUUGGCUCUCAGCCAAACCAGCAUUGGGUGAAAAAUCUGUCGACUACAGCAUCGUGACCAGCAUCAUUGAGAGCAAAUUAUGCGAAGUGGUGAAUAAGUUUUUAGUUUAUCCCAACAUGGUUGAUGUCACCAUACCGUUUCUGGGUCAGCCGACCUAUGAGUAUUUACGUGGUGAAAAAACUAGCAAAAAAACUACAGAAUAGAUUUUCGUUUAUAUAAUGAUCUAAUUUUAUAUAAAGUACAGUGUUAUACUGUAGCACAUAACAAUUUACAACAACAAAAAAUGUGUAAAUUUUUUAUUGAAAAUGUGAAGUUAAACAUUUUUCCAAUUUUUUUUAAACUUUGUUUUAUACAUUCUCGUAGUUAUAUACCGUUAUUCGUACAAGUAAAUAGCAUCUUCGCCGUGAUAAACAAUUUCCAAAUAUUUAAAAAAAAAUAUUUACAUAUUUAUUUAUAAGCUGCAAUUCCAUAAACUUUACGUUACAAACUUAUACAUAUAUAGUAAAUAACUGGAUUACAAUACACAAGUUGUAUAAUAAAUUUAUAAUUAAUUUUUUUAUAUUGAAUGCAAAGUAGUUAGUAGUAACAAAUCUAUGUUUCUUGAAUAUUCAUAUAUGUAUAUAUAUAUGUAUAUGUACAUAUAUGUAUACUAUAUAAGCCAUUAUUCCAUGAAUUAUACAUUUCAUAAUUUAGUUUAAUGUAUUAUAUAAAUUUUUUUUUCUAUUUUUUGUAUUUUUUUAUUUGUAUGUGGUGAAUAGCGAUUAUUUAUAAAUAGCGCAAGGUUGCUUAUGGAAAGUUGAAAUAAUUGAAAUUUAACUACGCAGAAAUUUCUAAGUUUUUAAUUUAUAUUUAAAGCUGCUAUACACCUAAACAUUUACUAGUUACAUACAUAUAAUUUUAAAAAUGCCAAUAUCUUCUUUGGUCCUCUUUUUCCAUAAGCAACUUUAGAAAAGCAGAAUUUAUUAUUAUUUAGUUAAAUAAACACAAUAACCUCUCUCUAAUUUUAGUGUUUUCUUAAAAUUUAAGUGUCUGAAAAAAGCUGCAACAAUAAUAUGAAAUUGGUCAUAUAUUUAAGAAUAAAUUUCCGUUAUAUACAGCCACGAUCAUAGAAAAUACAUCACUAUAGUUUAUGAAGUUAACGGUGAGAAAUAUUUAACAGGAUCUUUCAAUAUUUUGUUGAUACACCUUUUGUUUUUUUACUGCUUCAACUCAGCGGGACGUUGUUACGAGCGAUAUUCCACCAUACCAAACUGAUUCCACGCAUUUUUUCAACUCGUAUGUAGUUUUUACAUUUUAUUUCGAAAUCUCUUGCUUUAAGUUUCUCCAAAGAUUUUCUAAAAGAUUUAAAUUGGGACUAUUUCCCUGCCAAGCAAGAAAGUGUGCUAAUUUCAUGCUGUUCUAGAAAAUCCUUUACCUAAAAAUUAGGAAAUAUGGUUAAAAGAAUGCCGAUUUAUAUAAUAAUACCUAUGAUAUUAGGGGAUUUAAAAAAAAUUAUACUCACUUUUUUGCCCUGUGGCAUCUGCUCCAUGCAUCUUGGUAAAUGAAUUUUUACAGUGUGAAAAGUGGUUUUCCAUUGACGACACCAAACUGUGCUCCAAAAUUUUUAAAUAUUUUUCCACGUUCACUUUUCGUUAACCAGCUCUAGUUCUUCAAUCCCUUAAAAAGAAAAGCACGCCGAAAACAUUAUCGAUGGACUGUGCUUCACAGUUCGGUAGUUUACGGUACAAUUAUCCGCAUACCGUUCUCCACUUCGACGCUUCACAUACUGCUCAACUUGAGGCUGAAAAAGCAUGAUUUUGCUUUCAUCCGUAUACAUCACGUUUCUCCAAUUUUCCGCAGUCCAUUUUCGGUGCGUUUUUUUUAUGAGAAGCUAUACCAUAGUCUCGCAGUCGACGUCUAACAGUGAGACGUCUCAUUAUUGAUAAAGUAUUUGUCCACACAUUGCAUACUUAUUUCCGUUCCAGUUUUGAACCGAUCCUGCAGUGCAAUUCUUUCCAACCUUCUAUCUUUUCGUUCUUCAAUCAUUCUUUUACGACCCGUUCCUUUUUUCCUAUCUAUCAUGCCCGAAUCGUCGUACUUUGCUGAAGUUCUGGACACUGUUGAUUGAUUACACACUUCAUAAUUUUAGAAAUCGCGUGACUGUACUAGUUCGCACUACUUAACGUAAUAAUUUUGAUUUUUCCUUUCACACCCAAUUUAUUUCUUUUUUCAGUUUUAUUUCAAAGUUCACCCUUUGAAUCUGUUUUUCACUAAUUUAUGAUUUAAGACACAAAGAACUUUUAACGAAAAUUUAACUACAGAUACAGUACAAUAUAACGGUAUUAAAAUUAGGUGGAAAAACAAGAAGCUAAAUCGACAGAAAAAGAAA